AUGGCGCCCGGACUUGUCGAGACAGCACCUUCGCACCUGCCUGCAUCACAGGAAGCGAAACUAUCGAGCUUUCCGGAUGGACUCAAGACUUCGGGGCAACACCCUCCCGUAUAUUCCCAAGUCCAACCCUACCUCGAGUUUCCCAAAGUACACACUGGCCCGACAGUGUGGACGGCUGAUGACUAUCGUGAAAACCCUGAGCUGUGGACUCACCAAUUCAGUCUGGGUGAAAUAUUUGAAAUCAGCGCGGCCGCUGAUAAUUUCAUUGAGAGCGGGACGCCUCUGACGGGGAUCUCCAAGACGAAUUUUCCUCUUCCCAACCUCUGUAAGCGCUUGGAAGUGUUACGAAAAGAUCUCAUUGACGGCAAAGGGUUUUUUCUCUUCCGAGGCCUUCCAGUACGCGAAUGGGAUCUCCAAAAAUGCGCGACGGCGUACAUGGGCCUUGGUGCCUACCUAGGAUACUUCGUCAGCCAAAAUGGCCGCGGUCAUGUCCUGGGGCAUGUCAAAGACCUCGGAGAAGAUCCGACCAAGACCGAUCGAGUCAGAAUCUAUCGCACCAAUGCUCGCCAAUACUUCCAUACGGACGGCGCGGAUAUUGUUGGGCUUCUAUGCGUUGCCAAAUCCCUCUCGGGGGAAAGACAUCCGGAUGUGGUGGAGACUUUGUGUGAGCCCAACUGGUACUUUGACCGCAAAGGCGAGGUAUCCACUGGCGAAGAAGAAUGGAUUCGAGGCAGCAUUUUCUACCUCGAGAAUGGUUCUCAUACAUUGGAUCCACGGGUAUAUGCCAAAUUCGACCCAAUGAAUGUCACAUCACUAGCACGCUUCAACUCGGGCCCCAAUGCGCACAUUCCUCCUUUGUCGGACAGGCAACAACAAGCCAUGGAGGUAUUCGAAAAGACCUGUGCAGAACUAUCUUUACAUAUGAUCCUGGCGCCAGGGGACAUUCAGUUCCUUAGCAACUCACAUGUAUUUCAUGCUCGAACAGCCUACACUGACCACCCCCCGGGCGCCGUGGAUGAGGAUGGCCAGCCGGCCCGAAGAAGACAUCUCAUGCGACUAUGGCUCGCUGCACCAGAAUCUGAGGGCGGCUGGAAGCUUCCGUACCACGAUAGCCUCGAGAAGAAACGUGGUGGCAUCCAGGUCAAUGACACGCCUCCCGUGUGUCCCCUGGAUGCAGAGUAA